AUGGCCCAUCAACAGUUUACCGGUAAGCUUCAAGAAGAAAUGAUUUGCCCCAUAUGCUUGGAUAUUCUGCAGCACCCUGCUACCAUUGACUGCGGGCACAACUUCUGCCUCAGUUGCAUCACUCAGAGCGGGGAAGCAGCAGACAGCGUUCUUAAAUGUCCUAUCUGCAACAAAAUUGUGAAGAGGGACAUGAUCACGCCCAACUGGCUCUUGGUAAAUCUGGUGGAGAAAAUCCAAGCUAUGGAUCCCUCGGAGAUGCAGCCAGAAACCGAAGAGCUGAGAUGUCUAAGGCAUGGAGAGAAAUGUCAUUACUUCUGUGAAGUCGAUGGCAAGUUCCUCUGCGUGGUGUGUCGUGAAUCCAAGGACCACAAAACCCACAACACAACUCUGAUAGAAGAAGCUGCCCAGAAUUAUCAGGGGCGGAUCCAAUCACAAAUCGAGGUCUUGCAGCAAAAGGAGAGGGAGAUAAUUCAGGCAAUGGCACAAGGUGAACAGUGUAUCAAAGUCUCCAUGUACCAGGUGGAAUUAGAGAAGGAGAUGGUCAUCGAAGCCUUCAGACAACUGCGUAAGGUGCUAAAAGAGGAGAAGAGCUUCCUCUUGUCCCGAAUCAACUGGCUGGGUCAGGAGAUCUCCAAGGGGGAGAAAUUAUAUGUCAUUUCCACCAAGUCGCAGCUGAACUAUCUCAGGAAGCUGAAGGAUUCCCUGAAGUCCAGGCAGUGUUUGCCGCCAGGCCAGCUGCUCCAGGACAUCAAAAUUGCCUUGUGCAGGAGUGAAGCAUUUCGCUUUCUCAACCCAACCCCUGUUUCAAUGGACCUAGAGAAAAAACUCAGUGACAUCAAAUCACGACAUGAUUCCCUCACAAAGAGCCUGAAGAAAUUCAAAGACAUUUUCCAGGCUGACAGCAAGAAAGAUAAAAGCAAAUUCCUCAGUGGCUUGUCUGAGGAAGACAGAAAGAGCUGGUACCUGUCAGAGAAAAAUGAUCCUAAGACAAACAAAACCUCAGAGCCUGAGUUGAGCCCUCCAGUUGACAGAACAACUAAACCAGUGCUGCAAAAUCCCAAACUCUCAAUUUCACUCAGCCCACUCUUCCGGAAACGAAACAGGGACUCUUUUGUUUCUUAUUCAUCAAACUGGGACAGCUCUGAGAACCUGGGGAGCCCUGGAGCUACGAAUAUUGAAGAGCUCAAGACGGUGAUAGACCCACUGACCCUGGAUGCGGCUUCGGCUCACCCAGAUCUCAUCAUUUCCCAGGAUCUGAAGACAGUGACGCUGAAGCCGGUUUCUCAGAGAGUCUGCGCUGGGCACACCGACCCCGAGCGCUUCUAUCCGUUCCGCUGUGUCUUGGGCUUGCCAGGCCUCUGCUCCGGCUGCCAGACCUGGGAGGCGGAGCUCCAAGGGCCCGAGGGCGGGGGCUGCGUGGUGGGCGUGGCCUCGGAGCUAGUGCCUAGGAAGGGCAUGCUGCAGAUAGAGCCUUUGAGUGGCUUUUGGGCGCUGCGCAUCGCGGGCUCCGAGUGCCAGGCGCUCACCGAGACCGGCACCCGCGAGGAUCUCUCGGUCUGUCUCAGGAAAGUGGGCGUCCACGUGAAUCACGAGUGCGGCAAAGUCGUGUUCUACGACGCCACCACGAGCAACCACCUCUACACCUUCCACGCCUCGUUUCCAGGGCAGAUCUUCCCCUUUUUCCGGCUCCUGUUUCCCGGCACUCAGAUCACCCUGAGUCCCUAGAGUUGUUCCUUUGCUUUCCUCUGCGUCUCCUCCCCGUUACCCCCUCGCUUUGGGAUGUGUGGGAUGUGUGCGGUAGGGUUGAAGCUAGACUUCCAGGAACCUUUUAGGAAGGUUACACUCUUUGGCUUCUUGAUCGAGGCCUGAUAUUUCUGACAUUCCCCCCACGGCCCCCACCCCGCCCUUUACAUUUACCUUGUUACUUUCAGUCCCCCUUUCUCCCCAGUAUACCUAGGUUGAAAAGGAAGCUUCAAAUAGACAAGGCUAUUUAUUGUCGCAUUAUAAAUCAAUAGGUGAUAGUUGAAGAUUCUGCAAUGAGAAUGUUGGUUGAGAUGCAGAUUUCAGGGGACCACACACUGAUUUGAGGCUGUGGCUUUUAUCCUCGAUGUCCUUGAGACUGUGUGCAGGCUUGGCCCAUCUGGACCUCAUCCUUUUGAGGGACCUGAAAAACGACGCUGGAUCGCUGACUGUUGUCUCCCCAGAUGCCUCAGUUUCGCAAGUGAGGACUGUCUGUCUAUUAUUUUAGGAUGACCUCCAGGAUAUAUUCAGUGAAAAAAAACCAAGAUGGAGAAUAGUGAACACAGCAUGCUACACUUUACCUAAGAAAAGGGGAAAUGUGAAUAUAUAUAUAUUUUUGCUUAUAUUUAUUUUUUAAGUGGAA